CCCAUAGACCCUGCGAGUCCGCGGCGAGUCGUACGGUACCGAAAUUCUCAUCUUUCUUGUAAAGGCAUUUUGUCACUGUGUACGCCUACUACAAGAGAUGCAAGAGUGUUGCAGUGAAUGGCUUGCGAGGCAGAAAUUGACAAGCCUAGGUUCUUCGUGGCGGUUCACUGAGGCCAAUAAGUGGCUAGUAACAGAGAAGGCCAGAACACAAUGGAAAAGGUACAAAGCAAUGCUUGCUGAUGCUGAAGCAAAGACAGAUAUAAUCAUGGGAGGUCUUCAUUCUAAUACACAAGAGUCCAGUUCAACAUCAGAAAUAGGAUGUCUUCCUUAUGGCCCUUUAGAGGGGAACAAGGGCAAUGAAGUGUCUGUACCAAAUUCACUAGAAGAGGACAGCAUCAUGGACACCAUUGGAGUAAUUUGCAUUGAUACUGAAGGAUGCAUUGCCUCUGGGGCCUCAAGUGGUGGUAUAGCACUUAAGGCUGGCGGAGGUGUUGGGUUAGCAGCUGCUUAUGGUUCAGGUUGCUGGGCUUCCUCGAAAGGGCCCUUUGGUGCUGCUUUUAUAGUUGGUUCUUGUGUUACGGGUGCAGGAGAGCACUUAAUGAAAGCAUUUACAGCUCGAGAAUGCUGUAUAUCACCAUCACUUUCACAAGCUGGUCCUGCUUCAGCAUGCUUGAAAGUCUUGCGCACUUUUGUUCAAAAUGGCGGUCAAAAUUUAAGUGCUGGGAUUUUGCUCGUGGAAGCUGAUGCUCCUUUGACGGUUGCUGGAAAUUCACCGAAGCUGAAAGCAGUGGAGAUAGCAGCCGCAUACUCUUCCUUGUCUUUUGGAGUGGGAUAUUUUGGAAGCUCCAUGAAACGACCCAAGGUUUCGAUUCUCCGGAGCACUAAACAGCAGAGCAGAAGUGGGAUAGACCAUUUUGAAGCUCUAAUUGAUCUCUCUGCUGAAAAUUUGUUGUGACUUGUUACUGCUGAAACAAUGAUCCUUUGUCCAGUUGUUGGGGAAGAUAAUUGUUGUCCCCUUUGUGUCAUAAAACAUUGGUUGAUACUGUCAAAUUAACACCACCUAUUUUGGCCAUACAUAAGGCACAUCCAGCAUUUUAUGGUUACCCUAGUUGUUGGACGGUGAGAUCACCCAAUUAGAGGAACACAUUGUCCAUUGAUUGUAAAAUUUGUGAAACUCCCUGAACUAGUAUCCCUUAGCAGGUUUCAUAAUGUAUUGAACUCUCAAGUCAGGAAUGCAAACAUAUAUCAGAUUCCAAUGCUGAA